AUGAAGGAUGAGCUUUUGCUUUGUGUCUCCUCUCCUCAGGCUGGGCUAAGGGGCGGGCAUUUUGCUGUCAUGAGUUUCCGUUUCCCCCUUCUGAGGGAUGGAGUAGAUCCUGUGAAACUUAUUUCAAUAAAUGCUUUAAUGGACAAGCUGCAUCUAAAAUAUGCACAAAAACCAUGGAUUGAAACUCUGAAACGUGUACGUCUUUGCAUGGAUAAACCACCUCGAGGUUCCAUUAGUGUUACCCCACAUCAUCCUUUACUCUCUUGCUUGGAGAAGAUACAGAGGACUUUAAAUGCUAAAUCUUUGUCUACUGUGAUGAGCAGAUUGGAAUUUUUAUCCAAACAAAGGGGGUUGAAAUUUCACAUAAGCCCCAAUGGGACAGCUUGCUAUUUAACAUCAGACAUGUUCUAUGUAGAAGUUCAGUUGGAGAAAGAUGGAAAGGUGAUAGAUGUAAAAUUGGCUCACCCUGGAGAAGCUCCUGUGGUUUGUGAUGACCUAGUGCAGCGUCUAAGGAUGAAGAAUUAUGAUGCCUUUGGAAAGAUUCUAGAAGGCCUGUUAAAUCUGUAUCAAAUUCCAGGAAAUAGUGACAUGAAAGCUAAGGUAUAUCUUGCCUUGCAAUCUUUGGAAAAAGAUCUCUAUUCAAUGUCCCUUCUGUACAGAACACAGGAUGCAAACAGAGUUACUGAAGUACUUCAUGGAAAAGCAGGACACCUUGUGCAAAGAACUGGAGGAACCCCUAUGAACAUUGAAUAUUAUCUAUCUCCAUAUCAAGUUCUGGAAGAAGAGCUGAAUCCUGGCUCCCAAGUAUGUGGAACAAAAGUAUUUGUAACUGUUGGAAGUUCAAACACAACACACAAACUUCCCAUUUCUCCAUUAAUUGUGGAUUCUCAGGCAGGAGAUGGCAACCCUGCUUUUUUACCACUGACUGAUGAACUCAGCAUGGAUUUGUCAGCUUGCUUUUUCUUGACGUUUCAUCAGCCUUUUCCUCUGUCCUCAUCCAGUAUUCAAGAGAUACAGAAGCUUACAGGAAUUUCAACUGAUGGACUGAAGUUAGCUUCUCUUCAUGCACUGAUUGUUCAAUUUACCUUUAAUGAUGAGUACAAGGAAGAUUUGGCCAUGAAUAAUUCUUGUUUCUUUGUGUCUCUUCCAGAUUGCCCGAAGCACAGUUAUUUCAUAAAUAAGGGCACAGAGAAAUCGGGUAUAACAGGAGCCCUCGUCAGUAAAAUUCCAUUUACCCAUCCAAAGUGUGUACCUGCUAUAAUUGAGAUUCUUCGGCAUCAAGUGGCAUAUAACACUCUUAUUGGCAGCUGUCUCUCUGAGAACACUAUAAACGAAGAUUGCUCAGAGCUGCUUUAUUUUGAAGUGUCUCCACAAAAGGGCACUAGCUUUUCCAUCUCAUUCCAGCAUCCUAUGGGGGAGAGUUUAGCCUGUGUGGUAGCUGAUGUCUUGAGCGCCAGACAAAUCAGAUGCAGUCUUCAUACAAAUCCUCAAGAUGUAACUCUAAAUUGCUGCAAUGACUUUAUCACAAGAGUCAUGGAGCGUUGUAUGUCUGUCCCUCUCGUCAUGAGAGCUAUUUUCAAGAAUGCUAUCACAAUGAAAGUUGAUGGUGAAAUACAAAAUAUGGAAGUUAUCUCUGAGCAAAAUCCUGAAGUGACCUGCAAGCAAACUACGUCUUCUAACAGUACCGGAGCAAAUAUUUCUGGAGCCAGCAUGCAAAAUUCAUGUGAUGGCAUGGAGGCAAGCAGCUCCACGGCCAGUAUUGAGUGUGCGAUUUGUGAUAUAUCAGUAUAA